AUGGUCAAAAUGGUCCUUAGAGCACCUCCAAUGAAGACGACAAAGACUGGAUUCCGAAGCACAAUCAUACGGCGGGUGCCGUGUGUGUCUUCUCCGUCAGGUUCUUAUUUCGCAAACAAAAUAGAAAAGAAGGCAGCAUUGUCGGCGUACUGCAAGGAAACAGUUGCAAGGCCAUCAAAACUGAAAGUUGUCAAAGGAAGAGCCAGAGGAAAUACCUCUCCCCAAGUUGUUGCAACAUCAACAGCUUCUCUUUCUGCUGAAACCAUUAGGGGAAUUAGCUCUGCCAUUGCCAAGAGACUUACAAUAUACUUUCUACUCAAAUCUGACUUCUGCUUUCAAACUCCCCAUUCUCCAUGCAAUAUUUACUUUUCACUCAUUAUGAUUGCUCUCUACUUCUGCAUCAGUUUCUACAUCUCCAUUUCUUCCAUCAUAUUCAUCUUCAUCCACCCACUUGAAGAAGUUGCGAUGAUUGUCCUUCUGUAGAAAUUUAAAGAAUCUUAUAAUUGAAAAUCCCCACAACUAGUAAGAAUAUUGAAGAUAAAGAAAUUUAUGAGAACAACUCAUCCGAUAUCUUGGACAUGUAUGGAACCAUCUAUCUGAGUUCUCUAAAGUUCCAGAUUUCUUAAUCAACGUCUUCAGCUCACAAUGACAUAUAAGGUCUUCAUUCUUUCUCUUUCUUCACAUAAACGAGCUAGACUCAUAGCUACCAAUUGAGUGACAAGAUACCCCUCCACAAUGACCUUCGUUUCCACCACCUAUCAUGCCGACGACCUCCAAUAUUGGUCUCUGAACCUCACCAACUUAACUCCAACGAAAGGGGACAUAUAUGCACUAUGAUGGAAUUAAGGUUUAUUAGUUAGGGAUUAAUUUGACACAAUUUCGUAAAGUAGUCGUGUUGGCAGACAACUGGAAUGCAUGAGGUGUGUUGACAUGGAUCCUAGCAUGCCACGUCAGCUUCUGUUAGUGGCGUUAGCAAAGGAAGUCACGGAAUGACUAAUGUGACUAAUUGAAAAUCUUUCGAGGAUGAAUUUAAUUAAAAAAA